AUGGCGUCUGUAAGGCAGAGAACCGCGUAUUCUUCAAUCAUCCCAGAUGUUGUAAAGGAUAUUAACCCACUGGUUUCUCCAAUUCAGUUGCACGCUGCCAUUAAGUUGUUGCACGGGAGUACAAAGAUGAUUGCCAUUGCCAAUGAUCCUCAAAGUAUACUGACUAAGCCCAUAUCAUCCACCGUCCGCCUGACCAAUGCUAGCAUGGAUAAAGUUUACUUCCACGUUCAAGCUGCAUCCAGUGAUCUCCAGAUUCGUCCGAAUUCCGGCAUUCUUAAAUCCGGAGAGAAGGAAGAGAUAACAGUCUUCUGGAAGCCAAUGGAAUGGAACUGUACAGAUGUUUUACGUGAUCGAAUCAUUAUAAAAUCAACAAGGAUGUAUAACGGGCAAUCCUUUGAUUAUGAAGACGGGCAACCUAACUCGUUCGACAAUUGCCAAACUAUCUCAAUGACACCGAUACUGACUGAACUCGCUGAUCUACGCCGGGAGGUUAGACGACUGCAGCUUCCGGAUUCAUGCUCUCGUUGCAGAGGUUCGCUCAGUGCGACGCGAGCAGAGCUCAACCAGCUACGCGAUGAGUUGGAGCAGCUCAAGGUACGCGACAGACGGGAGUGA